AUGUAUAAUGGCAAGACAGACCCCGUAGAGCAUGUGAGCCACUUCAAUCAGAGAAUGGCCGUCAAUUCUAGAGACAAAGCCUGGAUGUGCAAGGUCUUCCCAUCCAGCCUAGGACCCAUAGCAAUGAAAUGGUUUGAUAGCUUGAAGGCCGAUUCCAUAAACUCCUUUAAGGAGCUCACCCAAGCAUUUGGUUCUCGCUUCAUCACCUGUAGUAGAGUCCCUCGACCCCUAUCUUCCCUACUAUCCUUAAGUAUGAGAGAGAGAAAGACCCUGAAAACAUACUCGGACAGAGAUUGGGAGAUGUACAAUGAGAUGGACAGUAACUUUGAAGACGUCGCCAUCAGUACCUUCAAGAGCGGCCUCCCGACUGAGCAUGGCUUAAGGAAGUCCCUAACGGGAAAACCUAUCACCAAUCUAUGCCAACUCAUGGACCGUAUUGACAAGUAUAAGAGAGUCGAGGAAGACCAGCAAAUGGGUAAAGGAAAGGAUAAGGUUAUCCCUUAG